GAAAAUCUAGUCUUUACCGUUUUAGAGGUUCUGUUAUUGACAUGUACCAUCACAAAAAAUAGCAAACCCCAUUUUUUCACAUAAGAAUGCCAAUGUAAUUUAUUUUCUUUCUAGGGAUCAUGGAAAAGGCAAAUGCUCACAAUCUUUUUCCCAGACCAGAAGAUUGGAAAAUUGGAGGGCAUAAGAUUAAGCAUGCAAGACGGUGCUUGUGAGCAUGCCGUUCCCCUCUCUCAGAUGCUGAAGGAAGCUUACUCAUCUCGACAAGUCCCGCUGGACACUUACUGCGACAGCAUGAUGUCGGAGUCUUCAUCGCACGACAUGUACUUUGACUCUCUCUCAGACUUGCACGAGGAUGGCCUGGCCGGCAGCCCUGUCCUGGAUCUCUCGGCUUUUCUCAACCAGGAGGAGAUGAGCAAGAGCCUGGACCUGGCCCGGGUGGCCAUUGCUGAGAGCACAUCAGAAGAUGCCGAGGAGCCGGCGCUGGAGGACAUCUCCCCCUACCUCCGCCUCCGCCCUCCCAUCGGGUUGCCGGCGCGUCCGAGCGGCCUCUCCUCCCCUGGGAUCAUCGGACGGCCAGAGCCCUCCAGCAAAAAUGCCGAGGUGGACGUUACUGGGAUGUCCCGCAGCCCGCGGAAGACCGGCACGCCAAAGCCCCCCAGCUGUGAGGUCUUCCUGGGAGAAUCGGACUCGCACUGGGAAACCUCCUCCCACAAGCCGGAUCCCACCCACAAUUCCGUGCCCAUCGUCCAAAGCCAGAAUCCUCCCAGGAAUGAGUUCUGCAACAAAGCAGUCUCCUUCAUUGAGGAGCUAUCGUCCAUCUUCAGGACCGUCCGUCCUCGCCACUCGACCCAGCAGAAGAACAAGACCAACGAGGGGGACAGCUCAUCCCCGGACAGCGGCUACCUCUCGCCGAAGAGCCACAGUAAAAUCGCUGGGGAAACGGGAGCCGCGGGGUCCAGUCUGCGUCCGGCGCUCGACUCUGAGUCCGGCGUCAAGAGCUGCUCGGCGGAGCAAGAACAUGAUACCGAGGACAAGACGGCAGAAGGAGAUCUGCCCGGCACUGCUGGUUCAGCCCCCAGAUUUACCCAGAAGUUGAGGAGUCAGGAAGUCACUGAAGGAAGCACGGUGCGACUGGAGUGUAGAGUCUUGGGGAACCCUCAACCUCUGGUCAGAUGGUUCUGUGAGGGGAGGAAGUUGGAGAACACACCUGACAUCCAGAUAUUCCAGGAUGGUGAUCUCUGUACGUUAGCUAUUGCGGAGGCCUUCGAGGACGAUACGGGUCGAUACGCCUGUACGACCACCAACUGCUUUGGAACUGACAGUACGUCUGCUGAGAUUUACGUCGAAGGUGCAUCAUCCACGGAUUCCGAGAGCGAGGGAGAGAUGUUUCACUCACAACCGGGCGGCACGCCGCAGUCCCAAAAGAAGACAACCUCAGUGUCCUUGACGAUAGGAUCCCCUCACUCAAAGAAGACAGCGGGUGGUCCUGAUGUCCAACAGGUCCGCUCUACUCUGGUCCAAUCCAUUUCCAUCCCGGCUCCCCAGAUCCAGAGUCCCCCACCGUGUUUUCCGGUCCAGGAUGGAGUUUCCUCUCCUGUUUUUACAAAGGUCCUACAAGACAUCAGUGCAUCAGACGGUCAGGUCGUGGUUCUGGAAUGUCGGGUGAAAGGCUCACCUCCUCUUAAAGUCCAAUGGCAGAGGCAAGGAACAGAAAUCGAAGACUCGCCAGAUUUCCGAAUCCUUCAGAAAAAGCCUCGGACAACACUCGAUCCCGCCGAAGAGAUCUGCACCCUCAUGAUUGCGGAAACCUUUGCGGAAGAUGCUGGAACAUUUACUUGCAUAGUCACCAAUCCCUUUGGCUCUGUGUCCUGCAGUGCUCACCUCACGCUGUGUCCAGGAAUUGAUGUUUCCUCAAAUAAUGGAAAUGGCGUCAUGAACCAUCUCAGCCCAUCUCCUCAGACUGAAAUUAGUUCUCUGGAACUGCCUCCCAAGAAGAUAGUGGACCCUGUCCAAGUGAACAGCCUUAAGAUCAAACCAAGCGUGGCUGCCUUCCAUCUGGAGCUGAACUCAGCCGACCAUAAGCACAACGGCACAUCAUCCAGGCAAGAGCUCAACGGACCAAGCUAUGGACAUCCCACGCAGCCCAUCGUCCCACUACUCUCACCCUUAAAGGAACCGCCGCCCCUCGCUGUUAAGCCCAAGCUUGAUCCACUGAGACUACAGCAACUGCAGAACCAAGUGUUGCAGGAACAACAAGCAGGAAAACAAGGCCAGCAGUCACUUGAGCUCUUGCUGUGCUCUCCAACCUCCGCCCAGCCACCCCCUGCCCCCAUGAGUGUGCUCAACCCUCACACUCCACCAGCCAUGCAGCAAACAACAACUUUCAAUUACGCUCGGCCCAAGCAGUUCAUUGCCGCUCAAAGCCUCUCAUCUUCUGCCGGGUAUCUGUCUCCUUCUGGGUCUUCGGGUUCUAACCUGUCCUCACCCCUCUCUCCCCCCGCUACUCACAGACCCUUUAACCGGGUGGUCUUGCCUCUGUCCCAGGGGGAGGGCGAUCAGCGACGCUCCGGCUCCGGCUCCGGCUCUCCCUGGGGCCCUUCGUCGCCCUCCCCUCCGCUUCCCCCGCCGCCCCCCAUCCAAAGCCCCUCCGCUUUCUACCCGCUGGACUCCUACCCUCUGCCUCCUCCGCCUCCACCGCUCCUAGCCUCCCCGUUGCAGCCCCACUACCUCUCACCCUCCGCCGGCAGGGCCUCCCCCCACUCCGGCCAGUCGCCUGCGGCUUUCCUCAGCUCCAUGUUGCCAUCAAAGCCGGCCGUGUUGCCCGUCAACGCUCUGGGCCUGCCUAAAGGAGCCGUGCCAAUAACCCCGCAAAGCCUGAAGAGAGACAGCAGAACUCCUCGCCUGGCCACGGACGAAGAAAUCCAGGGAACAAAGGAUGCGGUCAUUCAGGAUCUGGAGAGGAAACUACGCUUCAAAGAUGAGCGCGUCAGCAAUGGGCAGAGACUGACCUAUGAAGAAAAGAUGGCCCGGAGGCUUCUCGGAGCCGACAAUGCCGCCACGGUGUUCAACUUUCAGGAGGCCGAGGAAGACCAAGGGGCCCAGCAGGACUACAAAGUCUCCACCUUUGAGCAGAGGCUGAUCAGUGAAAUCGAGUUCCGUCUGGAGCGCUCCAAUACUGACGAGUCGGAUGACGAGGUCUUCCAUGACGAGCUGCCUCCGCAGUGCUCGGCGCCGACCUUCGAGAAGAAGCUGAAGCACAUCAAGCUGUUCGAGGGCAAUCCCUUCACCUUCACCUGCAAAGUCAGCGGGCAGCCCAUGCCUAAGGUUUACUGGUUCAAGGACGGCAAUCAAAUUUCCAAGCGUAGCGAGCAUUACCAGAUUGGCCGCGAUCCAGACGGGACCUGCUCCCUCCACACCAAAGCUGCCACGUUGGAUGAUGACGGAAAUUACACCAUCAUGUUGGCUAACCCACAGGGUAGGAUAAGUUGUACGGGAAGGCUGAUGGUCCAAACCGUGAGCCAGAGAGGACGUUCCCCUCGCUCUCCUGCCGGACAAUCACCAGGGAGAAGACCUCGAUCUCGCUCCAGGGAUAGCGGAGAGGAAGCAGAAUCCAUCCAGGAGCGUUUCUUCCGACCUCACUUCCUGCAGGCUCCGGGAGACAUGGUCAUUCAGGAGGGGAAGCUCUGCAGAAUGGACUGCAAGGUAAGUGGGCUUCCGACUCCUGACCUGAUCUGGCAGCUGAACGGGAACCAGAUCCGUCCCGACAGCAGCCACAAGAUGCUGGUGCGUGAGAACGGCGUGCACUCCCUGGUCAUCGAGCCCGCCACUGCCAGAGACGCCGGCAUGUACACUUGUAUCGCCACCAACCGAGCCGGCCAGAACUCCUUCAAUCUCGAGCUGGUGGUCGCAGCCAAAGAGAUGGUCAGAGCGCCGGCAUUUAUAGAGAAGCUUCAAAACACUGGGGUGGCAGAAGGAUAUCCCAUAAGGCUAGAGUGCCGAGUUGCUGGAGUGCCUUACCCACAGAUCUUCUGGAAGAAGGACAAUGAAUCUCUGACCCAGAACACUGAGCGAGUGAGCAUGCACCAUGACAACAGGGGUUACCUCUGCCUGUUAAUCCAACCAACCACCAAGGAGGAUGCUGCCUGGUACACUGUCUCUGCGAAGAAUGAGGCUGGGAUAAUAUCGUGUACAGCCAAGCUGGAUGUCUAUUCUCCUCAAUGGCACCAGACGCCAGUUUCGAAGCCGAAGAAAGUGAGACCUUCUGCCAGUCGCUACGCGGUGUUGACCGACCAAGGGCUGGACAUCAAGUCGGCCUUCCUGCCCGAAGCCAACCCUAUCCACCUCGCCACUCAAACCAGCCUGGUGGAGAGCGACGACCUGUAGAUGAACUCUCGGAGAAAGCAAGAAGGGGUGUUGGGAUUACACAGCAGCAGCACGAGAGAGAGGGAGAGAGAGAGAGGGGUGGGGAGGGAAGCAAAACCACCUCUCGGGACAAACGACCAAACCCCUGGCCGUCAUUUCCUAAAGUCAGGACGCACCGAGAAAACCUUUUAUCUUUCAAUUUCAUACAAACAGCAAGAGACCACGGCAAAUUAUCAGACUAUCAACUGUCGGGGGAGAAGGUUUUGCUGAUCAGACGAGGGUUGGAUUUGGCACGUACACCCAUUUGUCGCCCAUGCCUCACCUUGCACGGCUAAAUUGUGUCCUAAGCAUUUUGCUCCACAGUGGCUAUGAGUUAUUAUUAGUGGUUAUGUGCACAUUAGUAAAAAUGAUAUUAAAAUACUCAUAAUUAUUGUACAUAUAUAUAUAUCAGGUUAUCAGUCUCACUAAGUGCCUGAGCUAAAAUAGCAUUGAGGGAGGAGUGUGAUGUGUUCUGUUUGUGGAGUGUUGUCAAAGGGAAGUGUGGAAGUGGCUGUAACGUACGGAUGAUGCAGAGACUCAUGGCCAUUGUAUACGCGUCCGCUAUCUCGGCACUCUGUAAUCCCCGAUUCUCACCUUGAGCAAAAGUGGAUCUACGAGUUUCCCAUAACGUUGAAGGAUUCACACAGGGUGGUGGUUAUAUUCAUUGCCGCAGAUGGCAUUUUAAAGCAAAGUCAUUUUAAAACGUAGAUUGACAGGUUCUUGAUUACGAAGGGCAUCAUAGGUUAAGGGGAGAAGGCAGGAGAACGGGGUUGAGAGGGAAAGAUAAAUCAGCCAUGAUUGAAUGGCAGUGUAGACUUGAUGGUCUGAAUGGCUAAUGAACACAAACUUAUAUGGAAACAGCUGCCAGAAGUAGUUGAGACAGGUACUAAAACAGUAUUUAAAAGACACAUGGACAGGCACAUGGAUAGGAAAUGUUGAGAUGAUAUGGGCCAAAUGCGGAGUUGUUGGACAAUACAAGGCAUCCCGCACCAUCAGUGGGAGUUGGGGCCUCUACUGGAGCCUUGGUGUUUGGGCAAGGAUAUGGCUUCAACAUUCCCGGGAAUACCAGCGAUAUUUCAACUUUGCCAAUGAGACAGGCUUUCCAGUUACCACAAAUACAAGUGAGCCUGGGUACCUCGAGUCAACAGGCCAGUAGAGCUGCUGCCUCACAGCGCCAGAGACCCGGGUUCCAUCCUGACCUCGGGUGCUCUAUGUGGGUGGAGUUUGCACGUUCUCCCUGUCACUGUGGGCGUUUCCUCCAGGUGCUCCGAUUUCCUCCCACAUUACAAAGACGAACGGGUUAGUUGACCUCUGUAAAAUUGUCCCUAGUGUGUAGGAAGUGGAUGAGAAAGUGGGAUAACAUAGAACUAGUGUGAACGGGUGAUUGGUGUGGACUUGGCAGGCGGAAGGGCCUGUUUCCACGCAGCAACUCGAAAUAAAAAGCUCAGCUGUAUAUUCUGAUUUAACAUUCACAUUCAGGGUGGGUUGUGCUGUUCCGACUUAACACUUUAUCCCAGUCAGGCUUAGUGUUCUCCGCACUUAAUCAUUGGACAAAAAGAUUCCUGUUCUAAAAUUCCCAAAGUUUCCAAGUUUAAAAGACUUUUGGAGAGGAAAUGUGGGUAGGAAAGCUUUAGAAGGAAAUGGGUCAAACAUAGGCAAAUGGGCGAACUCUGAAUGGUCGGCAUGGAUGAGUUGGGUUCUGUAACUCUAAGUUCUGGAGCACAGGUCAGGUUCGUGUUAGGUCUGGGAAGGGUUUAAGUGUAAACCUGAGCAGACAUCUACAUAGGUGACCUCCUGUCCUCUCUAAGCCACCCUUCCAUCCAUCCAGGGAUCUGGUAUUGCACCGAGGUGACUUCCACAUGGGCAGGGUGCCACACUAAUGCCUGAUCUGACACCAGCUGAGGAGAUCUAAGGCAGGACAGCUCUUCUGGAAGGCAGGCAUCCGACACUCACUUUGCAAAUAACCCGGUAUUAUAACCCAUGUAACAUUUCAACUUCCGCACAUAAUUCCAAGGCCAGAUUGAAUGAUAAAACACUCACCAGGUCAGGCAGCAUCUGUAGAGCAUAGAGCACGAUCUGUAGACCAAGUGGCACAGCUGGUAGAGCCACUGCCUCACAGCGCCAGAGACCCAGGCUCCAUACAUGACUGCAGAUGCUGUCUGUACGGAGUUUGCACGUUCUCACCGUGACCACGUGGGUUUUCUCCAGGUGCUCCAGUUUCCUCCCACAUCCCAAAGACGUGCAGGUUUGUAGGUUAAUUGGCCUUCUGUAAAUCAUCCCUUGUGUGUGAGAAAAAUGGAUAAUAUAGAACUAGUGUGAUUCGAUGGUCAGCGCCUGUUUCCCUGCUGUAUCUCUAAACUAAACUAAACUAAAUGGAGUUAAACUUCCAUCAGCACUUAUAUUGUUGUGUUUAAUUCACUUCCACCUGCGCAUGAUUUAACUUUGCGCCUUCUUUUAAGUUAUUUACUCUGAAAUGUGCUGUAUGCAGACUUGUAGGUGUUGGGUGGGUGAGGAUGUGUGGGUUAAAUGGCUACUUUUCCAGUUUAGGGUGGGUUCAGAGGGGCAUGUGGAGGAGGUGGUAGUGAUUGAGUAAUCAAGGUCAUGAACCAUUGUUCAACUAACGACGGCACAGUGGUGCAGUGGUUGCGUUGCUGCCACACAGCGCCAGAGACUGAUCCUGACUACGGAUGCUCACUAUACGGAGUUUGCACGUUCUACCUGUGACCAUGUAGAUUUCCUCUGGGUGCUCCGGUUUCCUCCCACAAUCCUCCAAAGCCGUGCAGGUUUGUGGGUUGUAUAGGAAGGAACUUCAAAUGCUGGUUUACAGCAAAGAUAGACACAAAGUGCCGGAGGAUGUAAUUGAGGUAGGUACUAUUGCAACAUUUAAUAAACAUUGAGACAGGUACAUGGAUAGGAUAGGUUUAGAUGGAUAUGGGCCAAGCACUGGCAGGUGGGAUUAGUGCAGAUGGGGACAUGUUGGCCAGUGUGGGCAAUUUGGGCUGAAGGGCCUGUUUCCACACCGUAUGAUUCUAUGACUAUGACUAUAAUGGUCAGCAGAAUGUUAAAUGCCUUUGAUACGCAGGCAUUUGUCACAAUUCCCUGCGACCAUUGUGCUUGAAACCGUGAGCAUGGACUCUGUGGCAGUGGGUAAGUCUAUGGGGGCAGACGCACCUUGUAUGGUGUUGCAGGGAUUAUUGAAAUGCACUCAGCCUGUAGGACCUCUCUGGCCCCAAUUAAAAAUGUACACCGCAAAAAGCAAGUGUAGUUUGCUUCAAUGCUGUGGUAAUUAAUGUGAGAAAAUAAAUAGCUCCUGGUCUCCUGUGGCCAUGAUCAGUGUACUCAGAGACUUGAAAGCUGCAAGAUGACCCAGGAACGUGGUUACACUCUUUGCAUGCUGUCUCAGAAGAGGUUCUCCUUCCAACUGCUUCACUCUUUGACUCGUAUAGGAUUGUUCUCACGUGUAGAAUGACUUGAAGCAACAAGGAUUUGCAGAUGCUGGUUUACGAAAGAGGACAUGGAGUGCCAGAGUAGCUCAGUGGGUCAGGCAGCAUCUCAGGAGAACAUGAA